GGGAUCAUCGUCGAUACCCUGACGGGCCCGGGCCACCGCGUUCACCAGUUAACGGUAGAGGCCGUCUUGUCAGUAGUAAAGCCCGGGCUGGUCAGCUGGGGCUGUUUUCGGGGGGUGAUAAAUAAAAUUUAUUUAUUUUUCGUGAAUUUUUUUUUUUACCCCUCAUUCAAUGAAUCGUCUACCCUUCAGAGGACAAGACGAAUAUUAGGUUUGACGUCUCUUCAAGUAGUGAAUAUUUUUUUUUAUCGUCGCUCUCGUUGAUGGGCCGCAAGUCGUGAUCGAAACGAUCGAGUCCGGUAGGCGGUUCAGGCAUGAGGAUCAUGAGCGAUACCAGGAGGGGGUUUGAAGUUUCCGGUCGGCGGUACACACUGCGGGUAGCCGUGAUCGCGUAGAAGCGACUCGGCGUACCCGCGAAUUCCGAUAGAGAACCCGUCGGGUGGAAAGUCAAUCCGACGGUGGCAGGACCCUCCCUGGGUGUCAGUGACAAUAGAAAUUGGGAAAGAGAGAGAGAGAGAGAGAGAGGGGACAAGCCGGGGGGUGUUCAACUAAGGGUUAGCAGGUGAAGGGUAAAGGAACACUAGAGAGGGUUGAGGGGGAUGCAGCGCGAAGGGGUGGCGGCAUGGAGGAGCCCUCGACGGAGGCUCUCAUGCAGGCGGGCUUCAUCUUCGUUGUCGGCAUUGCCAUCAUACUCUCAAAUCUUCUCAUCAUCGCUACUUACCUCAACUUUCGUGGUCCCUCCGAGGUGAUAAACUACUAUUUACUGUCGCUGGCAACAGCAGAUUUGUUUUGUGGUCUGCUGGUAGUGCCACUCUCCGUAUAUCCUGCCUUAAUGAAAAGAUGGGUCUACGGAGAUAUUGUUUGCCGUCUCGUUGGGUAUCUGGAGGUGACACUUUGGGUUGUCUCCGUCUUUACCUUCAUGUGGAUGUCCGUUGAUCGUUAUUUAGCCGUCAGGAAACCACUGCGGUAUGAGACUGUACAAACGAAAACCCGUUGUCAGUGUUGGAUGGCCUUCACAUGGAUAAGUGUAGCUAUGAUGUGUUGUCCACCGUUACUCGGCUUCAACAAACCGAUCUUCGAUGAGCAGGCCUUCAUCUGUAUGCUCGAUUGGGGCAACAUGGCUGCCUAUACAAUAACCCUGUCGAUACUUGUACUUGGUCCUUCGGUCAUUACCAUUGUUUACACGUACUUUUACAUAUUCUCGAUGAAAUUAAAAUUGAGAUCUGGUGUACCCAUACACGACAAGGAGUAUGCAACAGCACUAUCCGAGAAUCUCAGUAAUCCCAGUCAUGUCAUGUCAUUUGCCCUGAUAAUGACAUUCUGGUUGUCUUGGACACCCUACGCCAUGCUCAGAAUUUAUAUCAGUAUUCAAGGACCUACAGAGGUACCCUUCCUUCACUUUGCGGUGGUGUGGUUUGGCAUAACGAAUAGCUUCUGGAAGGCUUUCAUCCUCGGUACCAUGAGCCCACAAUUUCGCUUGGCUGCUCGGGUACUCUGUUUAACCCUGUGCUGCCGGCACAGAAAUCUUCCACCAGAACUCCUGGGUCUCGAGGAGGAUGACUAAAUAUAAAAAUUUUUUUUAUCAAUGAAAAUGCAGAAAUAAGAUAUUUCAUCGUAACGAUUUAAACUAAACUGUGAAACAACUCGUGCACAUGCACAUUCUUAGAGGAUCUUUAUUUUUCCCUCAAUUGAUCGGUGGCUUUGACAUAAAAUAUUAAUUUGUCAUUUUUAAUCGAAAAAAUCAGUAACGAAGUGAUAAAUCGAGAUAAGUUGACUUAUCUCUCAGUCAAGUUUUUGAACAUCUCCGAAUUAGUCCGUUGGAAAUAGUGUUUUUUUAAUGGGCCCAAAAAUCGUGUAAUGCCAUUUUUGACUGGCCCAUGUGCCGAUCUUGAACGGAGUAUGAAUUUUUAUAUAACCGCGCGGGUGCCAAGUAAUUAAAUUGAUACGAAAUAAAAAAAUUGCUAAGAUAAUCUCGCUUCGCUCAAUCUAGCGCCUCCUAAACAAUUAGCCCCGGGAAAAAUUAAUUUGUACAAAUGGUGAGCGCGCGCGUUACUCCGAAAGUCACCAAAACCAUUGAUGCAAAUUAACAGACAAUGUUCAAAGAGAGGGAGUGAGAGAAAGAAAAUGAUCGUUGCCUAUCUACGUUGUAAGAACACGCUCAAUAAAUGUUGUAGUGAGCUAAAAAAAAUAAUUGAAAAAUACAAACAAUGAGAGAUAAAGCAAUAAAAGUAAUAUUAACGAGGAAAAAAAAACUAGUCAAUUAAUGUGAGAUGCCUCUACGAAUGUGUAGUGUCGACGAUUACUGUGCAUACAUAACGAAAACAAUAUUAAUGAGAGAUGAAGAUGAUUUGGAAUGAGAGCCAGCACAUUCGGUCAGCCGAUCGUGUUUUCUUCACUCGUCUAUUGUCUAACGCUUUUUUUGGGCUUAUCUUUACUAUCUCAAUGGGAAGAAUGCUCGAUCGGCUUUUACAUCAGAUUAUUAACGAUCAAUUCUUGAGCUGCGCUGUCUCACUGUAAAUUUUCAGAAUGCACUGAGAAAAAAAAACAUUUCUUUAGACAAACGUUUUCAUUAGAAAGAAAUUUUGGAUAUUUUAUUUCAUUGUACGACAGCUGAGAGCAAUGAAUUCACAUUAAAAAAUUAUCACUCGAUUCAAUCGACGUAAAUGAAAAUGUAUUUGUUUGAGAAUUUUUUUAUCUCAGUGUACGAUGACAACUUUUGAGAGUCUUUGAUGCUGUACAUCUUUGCGCAUCUGUCAUGAGGCAGUCUAGCUCCUUGUCAUUCCUUUUUCGGCUCGUUUAGGUAUUCAUACUAAUUAAUUUGUCUGUACAUUAUUUUUUUUACUUCUGAAAGAAGAUUUAAUUUUCUAGGAAAGCGAUGGUCAAUUCUACUUUUGAUUUCCCCCAAAACUUUUACGUUACAAUAAUCGUUGAAAGUGUUAUUCCCCCAUUUAAUUCAAUAUUUCAAUCAAUUGUCAACUUUAUAUUUGUUGCGUAUUAAUACAAAAAAAUACGCUGAAGAUGUUUAACACCUGUCAAGCCGAAGAAGGAGUGAAGCCCCUAGUGCGUCUGUAACUGGACGUUUUUUUGAUUCUCUUAUACAUGAGGUAAACUAAACGCAGAAGAAAUAAUAAUUAUCUAAUGGCAGAGUUAAAGCGUAGCGCAAUCAACAACAGCUGUCACUAAUGACCCAGCUACAUAGUAAGACCUUCGAUAGGAAUGAAAAAAAAAAUUAACUUCUUUAUAAGUAUCUUUGAGGAGGAGAAAAAUUCAAAUGGUAUGUGGAGAGGUGACACCCUCUUACCCUUCAUUAUUCUCAUUGGUAUACGGCUUAAAUAUUGCGUAUAAUAUUUAUACCCGUAAACAUUUAAUUAUGUUGGUUCAGCAAGGAGGAAUGACAAUAUUGUUUCGUUUAUCACCUGAGACACGUAGUGUAGCGAGAUAUUGUUCUUGUUUACAUAUGUUAAGCAUGACGCAUCUGAUCAUCCGAAUGAGCGUUGCAUUGAAAUAUUAUUUAUUUGACAGAUAAGUUGUUAAUUAUUUUUGUUUAUAUCCAGAAAUAGAUCUAGACUAUUCAUUGUUAAAAGUCACAGCAGCAGGACUGCCACGUUAUCGUCAAGGUUGGUGAUUAGUAAGAACAAAAAAAGAAUUGUUAAUAAAAUACAUCAAUGCUGCAGAGUAUUAAUCGACAGACAGAAAAAUAAAAUCGUGUAAAUAAUGUUACAUUAAUUAUAAAGUAAAUUAUAAAUAUUAAUAGCUGA